GGCCACCACGCAAGUAUCUUCCAUCUUGCUCUCCAAGAAAAAUCUACACCGCCUUUGAAUUUACAUAAACACCCUCAGUCAAAGAAAAGUCAUACACAAAGUCUCUCUCAUGACCUCAAGGGUAACACAGUCAUCUAAAUAUAAACCACACAAGAAACUGUUAUACUUUUGUUACACGUGUCAUAAUCUCCUUACAAAUACGUCAAGAGUUUCGAUCAUCAACCGUUCGUUUUCUUAGUAUAUAAUCCUUCCUCGAGACCUGCGUGUGAAGCGUAUAAGACGACAAAGUAACCAAACAGAAAAAAAAAAGAUUUCUCCUACUAUUUUCCUAAAUUCUUGGAUUUGAUUUUAGAUUUCGAUCUUUGAACAAUGAUGAUGACUCGCGGUGGAGCCAAGGCGGCGAAAUCUCUGUUAACGGCGGCUAAACCACGUUUGUUCUCGACGAUCCGUACGAUUUCGUCUCACGAAGCGUUAUCAGCAAGCCAUCUCUUGAAGCCUGAUGUUGCAUCGACUUGGAUCUGGACUAGAGCUCCGACGAUUGGAGGUAUGAGAUUCGCUAGCACGAUUACUUUGGGAGAGAAAACUCCGACGAAGGAAGAGGACGCGAAUCAGAAGAAAACAGAGAAGGAAUCCACCGGUGGAGACGCCGCCGGAGGUAAUAACAAAGGAGAGAAAGGAAUCGCUAGCUAUUGGGGUGUUGAACCUAAUAAGAUUACUAAAGAAGAUGGUUCUGAAUGGAAGUGGAAUUGUUUCAGGCCAUGGGAGACUUAUAAUGCUGAUCUGACUAUAGAUCUGAAGAAACAUCAUGUUCCUACGACGUUUCUUGAUAGAUUAGCUUAUUGGACUGUUAAAUCUCUUCGUUGGCCUACUGAUUUGUUCUUCCAGAGGAGAUAUGGUUGUCGAGCUAUGAUGCUUGAGACUGUAGCAGCAGUACCUGGAAUGGUUGGAGGAAUGUUACUACACUGCAAAUCGCUUCGACGUUUUGAGCAAAGUGGAGGAUGGAUUAAGGCUCUUCUUGAGGAAGCGGAGAAUGAGAGAAUGCAUCUUAUGACAUUCAUGGAAGUUGCGAAACCGAAAUGGUACGAGAGAGCGCUUGUGAUCACUGUGCAAGGAGUUUUCUUCAACGCGUAUUUCCUUGGUUACCUAAUCUCUCCCAAGUUUGCUCACCGUAUGGUUGGAUACCUUGAAGAAGAAGCAAUCCAUUCUUACACUGAGUUUCUCAAGGAACUUGACAAAGGUAACAUUGAGAAUGUUCCUGCUCCGGCUAUUGCUAUUGAUUACUGGAGGCUUCCUGCUGAUGCAACACUCCGUGAUGUUGUGAUUGUUGUUCGUGCUGACGAGGCUCAUCACCGUGAUGUCAACCAUUUUGCUUCUGAUAUUCAUUACCAAGGUCGUGAACUAAAGGAAGCUCCAGCUCCAAUUGGGUAUCAUUGAUUUGAUUAAAAGAAGAGCUUUUUCUCAAAAGUUUAAAACUUUGUUCUAAAGAAUUUGAGUUCUUUUCACUUGUAUAUACAUCAUCAUCAGCUCUACUUGAGCCAAACUUGGAUUCGGCUUUCUUUGGAUGUUAAAAUUUGCUACGAAUGUUCUGUUUUUUUUUUAUUGAAAGUGGUAUGGGCUUUUGGGCUUUAAUA